AUGGCUGAACAGAUGGCCCAGAAACUCUGGGGAGGCCGCUUCACGACCGGUACCGACCCUCUCAUGUGGGAGUUCAACCAGUGCCUGUCGUACGACAAAGCCCUCUACGCCGUCGACGUCGCCGGCUCCAAGGCCUACGCUCUCGCCCUCUCACGCACCACCCCACCCAUCCUCACCACCCACGAGCUCUCCGAAAUCCACCGCGGCCUCGACCAAGUCCAGUCCGAGUGGGACUCCGGCACGUUCGAGAUCAAGCAGGACGACGAGGACAUCCAUACGGCCAACGAGCGCAGGUUGAGCGAGAUCAUUGGGAAAGAGAUUGGAGGAAAGUUGCAUACGGGAAGGAGCAGGAACGAUCAGGUCGCGACGGAUAUGAGGCUUUGGUUGGCGCAGGAGGUACAGAGGGAUAUCGAGUGGAUUCAGGGUGUCGUCGGGAUCUUGGCCGUCAAGGCGGAGGAGUGGAUCGACCACCUCGCUGCUGGAUUCACUCAUCUCCAGCGCGCCCAACCGAUCCGCUUCUCGCACUUCCUCCUCGCCCACGCGCACUCGUUCGCCUCGGACCUCGACCGCUUCCGGGACCUCCUUCCCCGCAUCUCUGUCCUUCCCCUCGGAUCGGGCGCGCUCGCUGGAAACCCAUUCUGCGUCGACCGCGAACUGUUGAGGAACGAGCUUGGGUUCCAGACUAUCGGCGGAAACUCGAUGCAGUCGGUCGCCGACCGCGACUUUGUCGCCGAGUACGUCUUCGUCUGCUCGCUCCUCAUGGUCCACAUCUCGCGCUUCGCCGAGGACAUCAUCAUCUACUCGUCGAGCGAGUUCAACUGGCUCGUCUGCGGCGAUGCGUACAGCACCGGUUCGUCCAUCAUGCCUCAGAAGAAGAACCCCGACGCCUGCGAAUUGCUCCGCGGCAAAUCAGGCCGCACGGUGGGCCAACUCGCGGGUUUCUUGACGACCCUCAAGGGCUUGCCGGCGACGUACAACAAGGACUUGCAGGAGAGCCAGGAACCGAUGUUUGAUGCGGCUGUCACGGUGGGCAAGAGCUUGAGGAUCCUUCAGGGAGUCGUGUCGACGCUCAAGAUCUUCCCGGAGAACAUGAAGAAGAGCUUGACGCCCGACAUGCUCGCGACCGACCUCGCCGAGUACCUCGUUCGCCGCGGCAUCCCCUUCCGCGAGACGCACCACAUCUCAGGCUCAUGCAUCCGUCUCUCGGAGCAACGCGGCGUCCCUCUCUCCGCCCUCUCCCUCGAAGACUUCAAGUCCGUCUCGCCCCACUUUGGCGACGACGUUCACGAGGUGUUCAAUUUCGAGACGAGCGUCGAGAGGAGGGACGCCAAGGGCGGGACGAGUAGGAGGGCCGUGUUGGAGCAGGUUGAGGCGCUCAAGAGCAAGUUGGUCGCGAGUGCGAAGUAG